UCUGCCUGCAAGGAGGCAAAAUCACUAAGCCCCUUUGCGAUAGUCGGCCCUCGCCUUCUGCCUCGGAUCCCUUUCUUGGGCUGCUUAACAUCAUGGAGUCGUCCCCCUUAAUCAAGGCGCAUGAUCAUGCGAGAGCCGCAUCCAUAGCAACCCACACGUCCGACACCACCGUCGCAGUGAAUGAGCACACACGGGCUGCCGGCGAGUUCGCCAACGCCGCUAAGAACACUAGCAGCGUCGAGGCACUCCGUACCCUCAAGCUGCUCGAGCAGCAUCAUCGCCGCCUCUCCGAACUCCUCCAGAUACCGGGCAAGGUGCCCACCUCGCAGACCCCCGAGAAUGACUCCCAGGCCAACGAGAAGGAUGAGGCUAUCCCAGGUGCGACCACAGAAUCAAAGUCUGAUGCCGCCGGGUCCUCCAAUGAGAAGGGCAACCAACCCUUACCCACACUACCGAAGCAACCACGAUAUCCCGCGCGUGACCUAGGGGCCUCUAUCGCCAGUAACCUAGCCUCUGCUCGUGGCAUCCGGUCAAAGUACCGCUCUCAGCCUCUCAGUCCAAGCAUCUCUAACACCGAAGCCCCUGGCAACAUGGACGCUACCACAUCGCGGAGAAGCGGACGGACCAAGAUGCAGACCAUGCUCGACAACUCCGAAAGGCCCAACGCCCUCUCCCCAGAGAAAGAACGAGCCCCCCGCAGCUCCAACUCCAGCAUCCAGGACCAAGCCGAACCCCCCGCCGCCGCCGCCAGUGACGAGGGCUUCUCGCGCUUCUACAGCGCCUUCGGCAGCAUCAUAAACCGGAUCUCCGCGCCCCUAGCCUUCGCCGGACUCCCCUUAAUCAGCGAAGAAGACCCCGUCUCCUCCUCCCCCUCCGCCGCCGUCGUAACCGCCCCUCCCCCCUCCGAACCGCAACCCAAAUCACCCACCCACAAGCGUCCCUCCCGCACCCGCAACCCAUCCGCCGGAGUAGCCGAGCCCGACCUCCGAAAGCUGUACUCGAAAGCCGCGUUGCGAGCCGUAGCCCGCGACGGGCAAUCCGCCAACGACUCCUUCUACGUCGUGCCCACAAGCGGGCACACCGCGUCCUACGCUAGCAUCCUAACCUUCGCCGACAAAGAAAAGCGACGUCUCGAAGCCCAAGGCGGCAACGACGACGUCUCCAACUCCACCGACGACUUCAUCGACGCCCGCGGGACCUCUCCCGCGCCCCCUCGUCGCGCCAGAACCGUUUCUUACUACGGCGAUAGUCGGGAUGUGGUAGCUGGAAGUAGUAGUGGUGGGGGGAAAAACCACGAGAUGUCGAAUAUGCUCGAGGAGCUGCACACCGAGAACGCGAGUCUGAAGGAUAUGCUGGACAAACUAAGCCGUCGCCUCCAUGCCUUCGAGAGCAUGUCCCAGAACUCCGGGAUGCGGCUCGCGGAGAGCAUGCGGCUUAUGCGCCCUGGAUCCCCGCUUUCGUCGGCGGGGGGGAAGACGCCGGGGUUGACGCCUGGGACUUCUUCUGCUGGUGCCGCUGCGGGGUUGGGAUUGGGAGGGAUGGGAUUAGGAGGGGGUGUGGGAGGAGGGGAGAAAUCAGCAGACGAGGCUCUUGCGAAACGGAAUAGAGAGCUUGAGGACCAGAUCGUGGUUAUGGGACGGCAGAUGGAGGAGAUGGAACGCAGCUACAAUAAAGCGAGGGCGAACCUCGUAAGGUACAGGGAGAAGUGGGAGCAGUUGAAAGCAGGGGCUAAGGCGCGUAGAGCGGGUGGGAGCGCGAGUGGGAGUGCGGGUGUGCAGGGUGGGAGCUCGGAGGUUGGGAUUGGGAUUGAGGAGGGGUUGAAGUCGCCUAGUUUGGCGUGAGGCGUGAGAUUUCAGUUAAGGGGGUCUUGGGUUGGGG